AUUUCGGUUUCGGUUAAUUCGCCGGUAUAUCUAAACAUCCACGUAUAUCAAGCUCUCAAGCUGAAGUUCAGUGUUAAUUUCAACAGUGCGUUUGUAUUUCGUGUAAUUAUCAGUUUUCGGUUGCUCGGUGUUUUUUGUUUUUAGAUAGUAUUUUUGUGCCGGAAGUGAGUACAUACGUAUAUUUAUGAUUGACUAAAACUUGGUGCUUUAUUCUGCGUGUUUACAAAAUACAUACCAAAAACGUGCGGAUUCACAGUGCUACGGUUAAAGGUCAGUUAUAAUUCUUCUCGAAAAUGUUACGAAAUUCUUCUAACGCUAAGUUAUUUGUUCGUAAUAACGGGUUGUAUAUAAGUCGCAAGAUUGCAAAUUUGUCUAAGUUGAGCUCUUUAAUAGACAUCAAGCCGGAAGUCCGUGAUGCUUUGCUUACCGCCCCUCAAUCGGUGGUAGCCCUCGAGUCCACCAUCAUCACCCACGGCAUGCCCUAUCCGCACAACUUGGAGACGGCUCUCGAAGUGGAGCAGAUUGUUCGGGAGAAGGGAGCCAUUCCGGCUACUAUUGCCAUCGUGGGAGGUCGCAUUCGGGUUGGCAUCGAAGGCGACCAACUGGCUCAGCUAGCCAGAUCAGAUAACCGGCACACAAUUAAAACGUCUCGCCGGGAUUUGGCAUAUGUGCUGAGUAAUGGUUUGCAUGGUGGCACUACGGUGGCAGGAACGCUGGCCGUAGCGAAUAUGGUCGGUAUUCGGGUGUUUGCCACCGGUGGAAUCGGAGGCGUCCAUCGAGGCGGAGAGCAUACGAUGGACGUUUCGGCAGAUUUGGUUGAACUUGGCCGCACGCCCGUGGCGGUCGUGUCCAGCGGGGUGAAAUCUAUUCUGGACAUUCCACGGACGCUCGAGUAUUUAGAAACACAGGGCGUUUGUGUUGCUUCCUAUCAGAGCCCGGAUCUAGACUUUCCAGCUUUCUACACACGAUCCAGUGGUUCGAAGGCAGCGUACAACUUGAACAACGCUGCGGAAGCUGCCGGCAUGAUAAAAGCUAACUGUGCGCUGGGCUUACGGUCUGGCUUUCUGAUAGGCGUCCCCAUUCCAGCGGAAUAUUCGCUGGACCCCAAAGUGAUGGAUGAAGUUAUCGAGCAGGCACUGGCUGAGGCUAGCCGGCUAGGUAUACAGGGUAAAGAAGUUACACCCUUUAUCCUGGCGGCAGUGAUGAAACUCACGAAAGGACGAAGUUUGGAGUCAAAUAUGGCUUUGAUUAAAAACAACGCAAGAGUUGCUGCUGAAAUUGCCGUCGAACUGAUAAAAAUUGAAAAUUGCGCUAGUGCUAGGAAAGUGUUUGGCGGUGAUGCUGCCAAUGGUGAGCCGCCUAGCAGUAAGCGAGCACCGGUGGUAAUUGGUGGAUCGAUCGUCGAUACCUGUAUCAGCGUGCUGGAAGACGAUUUAAAGCAACAGCGAAACUGGAAGUACUGGAAGUAUCUGCUCAAAAUUCUGUACCUUCUGUACAGAUGGUAG